AUGGACUCGUCUGUAGUGUCCCAGCUGUCUACUCUUUUCCAAAAUCCAAACUUUGUGUCCCAACUUUCAUCGGCCGUCGACGAUAUUAGAACAGAGCACGGGCAGGGUGACCGUCUCUUUCUAAGGGUUGAAGCUUGCCUGAGUAGAACGCCAUCGGCCGCACGCGAUGGAGCCCUUCUUCUGGGAUGCAUUGAUCUCGAUACGGGGCGUCCGUUACCCCAACUGACCCCGACAACGACACCAGAUCCGAACGAAUGCCAGGGAAACAAUCCCCUAACUCCACAGUCCUUACCAAACGACGACAUUGACACCCGUUACUCCAAGCGCCGAAAGACCGUCGGUGGUCUACGGUUAGCCCCCGCGAGUAACGCAUCUACUUCAAGCGAACCCGAAUCCAACAGCGAUGAGCACAGCUCUACUGCCGCUGCAAAUGCGUCGUCACUGAAGCCAUCCAUCCGCCAGGUGCACAGUGACACGCGAUUCCCACAACGCAAGAAGCCUGGCCAUGACUCGGUAGUACCGGUCUUAGAACCCACGUCAACCGACAAGCUGAUCGCGGGUAUAUGGCGCCAGGUCAUUGAGCCCAUUGUCGACAUCCGCACCGGUGCCAGUGGAGAGGUUUUUCGAGCCGUCAACACGCUCUGCCUUAAGUACUACAACCAAAGCCAAUCCUCUCGCGCGCUGGAGAUGAUCGUGCAGGCGUAUUGGAUCGAAUGCUACCAGGCCCGCAUCGCCGUAAUCCGCCUAGAAAAUCCCCACCUCUCAACGACGGAGGCUCGGAUGGUCGCGCUGAAGGAGGCCUGCGCAACGCUCAACUGGAAAGAAAAGGAUCUCCGAAACCGGGUCGCAAUCUGGCGCGGAUACAAAGAAAUCAAAGACGCCGGCGGCUGGGCCAGUCUCAUCUUCGCCAGCGCCGGAGUGUACCGGUUCUGCAAAUACCGCAAUGGGUUCUACGAUGGCUUCUCCGCGCGGCUUCGAACCAUCCAGUCCAGCCUGGAGCUCGUCGCCGACACCCUCCACCCGGAAUGGCGGGACCUGCUGCAGGUAGUCGGGCAGGCGUCGCCCCGGCGAUACCACGGCCAUCCGCAUGAAUGGGUGACAGUGCCGGGCAGUCCGGCGGUCCCGCUGGCGUCGACCUACGCGCAUCUCCCGCCGCCGCACAACGCCCACGACGGGUUCGGUUAUCGAUUCAUCGACGAGUGUGUGGUUGACCUAGCGGUAUUCGGCGCGGACGAUCCGCGCGUGGUCCCCGGACUGGACCCGGGGAUGUGCCCCGCGUGCAAGGAGCGACAGUCGGACGAGAUCGAACAGAACCAGUGCGUGUGCUUUCCGGCGCUGUUUGGGGGCGUGCGCGGCCAUGUGCCGGUGCAGCUAUUCCGGACGGCCAGUGGGAAGAAUAAUGGGGUCGUGGCGCGGUGUGACUUUAACCGCGGCGUGGCUAUCGGUGAGUUCGUCGGGAUCAUCACGAACGGCAUCGAGGGCGUCGAUGUGAUGUUGGGUGGCUCGCGCAGUCGGGGGUACCAGAUCUACCAGGGGCGAAUGGGAAAUUUCACCCGGUUUAUCAAUCAUUCGUGUCGGCCGAACAGCCAGUUCCAGCGGUUCUACUGGCGGGGAAAAGAGCGCAUUAUUGUGGUGUCUCGUGGGGUCUCUGCUGGGACGGAGAUCACGGUGGACUAUUCGGAUCAUUACUGGCGACAGUUGGAUAAGGCAUGUCUGUGUGGGGAGCCUUGUUGCCGGUUUGCGAGGCGAUCAUAG